UUAACGUAUGCCGGUGUUAGAAAUAAGAUUUUAUCGAGCCCUCGUAUUUCGAGCGGGAGUUCGUGUGCAAGGCUCGAAACUUUCCGCCUUUCCGUAAGAUAAUUGCGCAAGGUAUAUUUGAUGGUUUGAAUAAUAGCGAAAUAAAAACCUGCAGCAAUUUCCGAUGACGGAAAACAGAACAGGUCCGCAGACGAUAGAGUUUCUGACGAAAAGAAUAGUUGCCCUUGGAGCCGUACAAUCUGGACAAUUUCUCGUCGAUUGUGAAACUUACAUGUCGGUUCCGCAAUUGGGUGUUCAAAGAACCGUUCACGUACUACACAACUCGGAACAACCAGCCUCUGUUUUCGCCCUUCUCGAGUCUGGCAAUAAGAUAGUACCAUUGAUCGCAGAUGGUCUCUUCGAUCUUCUGAUGAUGAAGAUGACGAGCAUUUAUACCAGCAAAAAACAAACCAAAAUCGAAUCGAAGGGCCCACGCUUUGAAAUUGGGGACUUUUGCGUCAAACUCGGCAGCGUCACGAUGAGCCAGAAUUUCAAGGGUAUCCUCGUCGAAGUUGAGUACAGGCCCUGUGUCAUUCCGGGAAGUGCAUGGGAGCUUCUGCGAGAGUUCCUGCAAGGAUUUCUUGGUUCCGCUGUAUCGAAUCAAGCUCCUCAAUACUUGCAAAAUCGAAUGAAUGAUAUUUAUCAACCGAUGGAUACGAUACAACAAUACUUAGAACAUUUUGGACAAUAUAGAAAGGCUACUGGAGUGAUUUAAGUUAUUUCAAUUGAAGAUCGAUGAACAAUCAAAAGAUUCAACGAUUCUCUUUUGUAAGCUUUCUUUCAGAAUAGACUCGUAUUAUACUUCCAGUAUGAAUUUAAUUUAAUUAUAAUCCGAAUAUUAUUUAUUUCAUAUAUGUGUAUGAAUAAUAAAAGAAUAUACAUAUAUACGAAUCCUA